UCUUGUUAUCUUUCCUGAUGAUGGUGGAAGCAUUUCAUCGAAAGCUCGAAUAAAUAAAAAUAACCAUUGAAUUUUGUUACAAAUUCUCAUGUAUUUCGUAGCAGUCAUUUACUAAUUUCUCCCUUCACUUCUAUUUACAAAAAGUCUUAUGUAAAAAAAAGGUAAGAAGAGUCAUUUUCUGCGAUAGCUGCAGAGAUGUUGCGGUAAGGUUUCAUUUGGGGCUAGUUUCUUCUUAUCGUGUACUGCGUGAUUAAGAAUAACCCAGAAAAUAUUACGAUCUGAAAUCUUUUUUCGUAAGUUACCAAGACUACAAAUUUCAAAGGCCAUCUAGAGUGAAAAUCUAAAAACGUAUUCUAGUAAAAUCACACACAAAUUAACGGUGCAAUUUUACAAACUAGCACGGUUAAAUACUGACUAUUAUGGAUAUGAUUUUUAUAUUUAUUUAUUUCCAUUUAGAUAUAAAUAUCAUUAGAAGAACCCAAUGUAUAACAAGCAGUUGAAGAAAAACUAUUUGAAACAAUAAUGGUACGUUCAAACGGCUUUAAACAGAGUAAUAAUAUGUGAAGAGAAAGCUUUUAAAAAAUGUUUUUCAUCCCCUUUUUAUACUAUUCGAUUGUUCAUAAGAUUUGUUUUCAUUUUUUAGAUGUAUAAAAAUCCAAAUAAUGGAAAUAAUGUUGAUUUAUCAUCAAUAACUGGCGUUAAACAAAAGAUGAAGUUAUAUGUAACAUCAUUAAUUGAUAUUAUUUUACAUGUAACGAAUUAUAGCAACUUGAUGCAACAAAACAAAAAUAGUCUCAUAUAUUGCUUAUCACAUCUCUUAGAAGCUGUUCGAAAUAUAUUUCGAUUAUCAGAUGAUAUUUUUAACAUUGAAUGGUGUAAUUUACAUAAAACAUUUUUAAACAAACUUCAGAAUACUAGGAAAGGUUUAAAAACACAACGAACUACAGUUCAAACAAAUCCAUCAGCACAAUCGUAG